AUGAAUUCUUCAGAAGAAAUUGCAAACCAAUUAUCAAGUAUUAAAAAAAGCAAUGUAUCACUUGCUGAUGCCCUGAGAGAAAUAGAGCUUGCAAAGCAAUCGUUUGAAAAAAUCAGUUUCCUUGAAAACACCAUGAAUCUUCAUGAUUUGACCUUGCAUGAGAUUAAAAAUCAAAUGCAAAGAUUUAUUAGCACGAACUUUUUCAAUGCAAAGUAUGAUGAUCUUAUGCUGAAAAUUGAUCAAAUAAUCAAGUCUAAAUUUGAUGAAUUUUCUUUGAAAUUUUUUAGCACCCUUAAUGAAAAACUUAGCAUAUCAGAUUCUGAAGCCUUAUUCAAGCAAAAAGUGAAUUAUGUUGAUUAUAAUGCAUUAUCAAAGAAAUUUGAAGUCAUCAAAAAUAUUCUUGAAAAGCACAUAUACUCAGACUUCGAAGCCUUGAAAACAAAAGUCAAAAUGAACUUCAGCCGAAUUGAAAAUCAAAAUAAUCAACAAGGAAAUACAAAUAUCCCACUUGAAGAAAUCGAUAAAUUAAAUGAAAGGAUUAGGCUAUUGGAAAUUCAAGUCCAAAGUCAGAUGGGAGAUGAAGAAAUGCUUGAUGAAAGCUAUGAUAGCCAGGAGGAUUUGGAAAUAAUGCUUGGGAAUUUAGAAAAAGCAAUUUUAAGUGAGCAUUCAGCAUCGAUUGGAUAUGAAAUGAGCACUAAUGAAACUCAUCAAAUGCCUUUUGGAUUAAGCAGAAAUUCCCCUGAUGUCUCUAAAGCAAUGCUAGGAGAAGGUCUUUCUCCAAGAUAUUCCGGACAAAGAUCCCGAUCUUCAGAUAAAAGACUAAAUGGCGGACUUGUGCAGCAAAUUGGUAAAAAAUUUGGAAUAAUUCAAAGAGAACUUGAAAUAAAUAAAUUCAAAAUUGACGAAAUUCUCAAAAAAUCAACCAAUUAUGAAACUACCAUAAAAGAUGCCGACUCACUGAUGACAAAACUAAUCGACAAGCAGCUCGAAAUUCAAGCCAAAUCAGAAUUGAUUGAAAAAAACGUGAUAAAAGCUAUAAAUAGCCCUACAGCAAUUCAAUACGAUAAAGACAUAGAAAUGAUCAGCUCAAAUUCAAAAGAAUUAUAUAAUCAGGUAAAGGUCGACCUUGAAGCUAAAAACAACAGACUUUAUACCAUUGAAACUUGAAUAGAAAAAAUUGUAGAUGAUUUAAAUCAAGUGAAAGCUCUUCAUAGAGAAAAAAUCAAUGAAAUUGUUAAAUGCAUGCAUGACUUAAGAAUCGAUAAUAAUACAACUAAAGUAGAAGUCAAUAGAUCUUUAGAAUCAGUAAAAAGCUUUGAAGAUAGUUUAGAAGAAAAAAUAAAUAAAUUUAACGAAGAACUUGACGAGAUUAAAGGCCCACUUAUUGACUUGAUCUCAAAUCUCAUCACUCUGCGGGUGGGUUUAGCCUCUGCUAAAAGGGCUUUUCCUCCUUAUAGAGGGCUUUUCUCCGUUGCAACACCUGGCCACGGUGUCCUGCAGAGGGUCAAAGCGACUGGCUUAGAAUCAGCUUAUGCUAAGAAGGAACAAGUGGCGAGCAAGUCCCAAACCUAGGCACUCUAAGAUGCAGGCCGUUCAUGUGCCACCGACAACAACCAAGAGGAUGACUCUGGAAACUGGAGGAGGGAAACGUACAGUAAGUCCGGCAGUAGCUAAGCCUCUCACGACGGCAUCGGGUGAGCUCGAUUAAUUCAGAUCGGUAUUUUGACUAGGAUUCUGAUCAGAAAUUAAGUAACAAUAAUUACUUGAUCUCAAAUCAGGAGAGGCAAAAUCAUAUACUUUCAGUGGAAAUUAAUAGGCAGCAGGAAAUAGGGAGACGGCAAGAGAUAAAUAGAAGUUAUGUUGCCAGUAGCAUGGACUUUCAAAGAACUUAUUCUUCAAUGACUUCGCAGGAAAAUAGCCCUAUUAAAGAAGCUGCUCAGUUGAUUUCAGAAACUUUAAAGCCGUCAUCAGCAAGAGUACAAAGUGCGUCACCUAAAAGCGCGACUAGGGUACAGAGUGCAUCUCCUAGUCUAUCAGCCAAAAGUAGAUGCUAUCAAAGAAAGAAAUUCUCUCAAAUAGGCACAGGCCAAAUAAAAUUAGAUGAAAACUGGCUUAGCCUUUUUCCAGAUGGAGUGCAGAUUCAACUCCCAAGGGUUUCUGUUCCAAGUAGCAAGGGAUCAGACCCCCAAGCAAAAGAAACAAAUAGUGCAGAGAAACAAAAGAUAGCUCGUAAGCUUGAAAUAAAAUCAAAAAUCAGAUUAAAUACAUCUUUACUGUAA